GCUGUUAGUGGCCGUCUGUAACAACAGCAGCAUCAGACAAGAGAUAACAUAAUGAUGGAAGAAUUUGAAGACUUUGAAGCUCCUCCUGCUGAGGAUCUGACUCAGUGCAACACCUGUAAAAGAUGGUUCUUCCCUAAAGUCCUGGAGAAGCAUUCUAAAAUCUGCCUUAAGUCAGCAACCAAAAAGAGGAAGGUUUUUGACUCCAGUCGACAGAGAGCUGAGGGUACCGACCUCCCCACACUCAAACCCCUCAAACCAAAGUCACAAAGUUCAUCUUCUACUGGGAAAGCAGAACCCCCCAAGAAACCAUCCAACUGGCGCAAGAAACAUGAGGACUUCAUCGCAACCAUCCGCGCUGCCAAGGCCGUCACUCAGGUCAUGAAGGAUGGGGGGCCAUUACCCCCUCCUCCUCCUCCUACUUAUGACCCAGACUAUAUCCAGUGCCCUUACUGUCAGCGGAGGUUCAACGAGGGCGCAGCUGACAGACACAUCAAGUUCUGCCAGGAGCAGGCCGCCCGUAUGCCCAGCAAGGGCAAGUUAGGGGAUGCCAAGAAGCCUCCUGGUCGCACACAGAACAGGCCUCCUGCUUCCGUAAAGAAGGCCAACGCUCCUGCUGUGUCAACCAUCCCCUCUGCCUCCUCUCGUUUACCCCAGAGGUCAGGCCUCGGGCAGCCUUCUGGGAUCCCAUCCAGUAAGGUCUCCUCUGCAGGGUCAGUGAGGAGCAACCCCUCCGGCCUCACAAGCCCUCCAUCAGGUGUGGGCAGUAAGACCCGAGCAAUGAGCUCUGGCUACGGCUCUGUGAGGAACACUCAGUCUGGAACAGCACUGAACAAGAAGAAAGUAGACAGCUACAUAUCUAGGAAUGACGUCGACGGCGGUAACGACAUCGGUAACGGUGGGAUGAAGAGCAAGUUCUGUCACGAAUGUGGGACCAAGUAUCCUGUCGAAUCUGCCAAAUUCUGCUGUGAGUGUGGGGUCAGGAGAAUGUGUAUCUGAUGGAGGUCAGAGGAGGGAGAAAGUAGAAGAACGUACGAGGAUGCACUGGUACUCAACGACAGUUGAGACAGUUUCACCAAAAGCUAAUCCACCUGUAUUUUCGUACUUGGGGUCUAAUUUCACGGCAGUAAAGUCGUUUAAUCGGCAGACAACCCUAUGGUGCUGUGUUCUUUUUAAGUAGUUGCUCCUAAGUUGUCGUGGAAUUUGCUGGUAUAUUAUACUAUUAUCACAUCCUGCUGAAUCGUAAACGGUUUCUGAGUAGCACACAUUCAACACAAAUAUAAUUACAUAAUCUAAAUUACAACUAUGAUUACUAUGACUGAAGGCUGAUGGAUCUCAGUGGUGAAUUGAUCUGAUAAAAAGUUAUGUUAAACUGUGUCAAGGUUAAUACUAAUAGCUGAUAUGGCUGGCACAGGAUCAACCCACGUAAUUAGCCUCCUUCUCACACGUACACAAGCCGUGUUGCCGUGAAACUAGAGACUAAGAAUUUGGAAUGAGAGAAAAAGAUUUUCAGUUGUUUUUUUUUUUUUUUUUU